AUGAGGUUACUACGAUUGCUGAGAAAAAUGGCAAAGAAAAGUAGCAGGAAAGUGAAAAACAGAAGUAAAUCGACCAAUAGAAAUUCCGGAUUCUUUGUUGCUUCUGAAGUUAAUGUCAACCCAGUCAAUCGUACCUUCCUACCUGAUGACACGGUGGCGAGGAUUAGUACUGCUCAUUUACUAGUAGUUCCCAAUGAAGAAAUAGUGACUGCUGAUGUUAAUCAUCUGUCUUUAUCCAGGCGUUUUGUCAGUGGAGAUAUUGAUGAUUGGUGGGAGGACAUAUCUAUGCCAGGAUAUGCCAGUAAGCGUAAUUUAUUGCGCAAGUUGCAAGAAGAUGACUUAUAUGAUGACACAAGAAUUGUUACGUCCCCUUUUACGAACUGGUGGUCUCAUGUUGGUAGUAGAAACCUGCCUGAUCAUCUUCCACGAGAACAUAAAAUAUCUGUUAGUCCUACUCUUCCUGAUGUUCCAGCAACACCUGAAAUUCAACAUUUUGGGAAGAGGAUACCUCAAGAGAGAUUCGACAAUAUGUGGGAUGAGAAAACUGAAGAUCUAUCAUCCAAUCCAAGAACAAUUAAAAACGCUCGUGGAUCUGUAUUGCAAAAACCUAAACCUAAUCUUGAAUCGUGCGCUACAGAGAAUAUACUAGAAAGAGAACAGCAUCACUCCGAUUCUGGAAAUCUUUCUGAACAUUCUUUGCUUUAUACAUCAAAAGAUUUUACAAAUCGAAUUAGAAAACAAAAAGGUUCAAGGUCAAUCAGGAGAAGGAAAGAAAACUAUCAAAAAAAGGCAUUAUUGAAUAAUAUAAAAAAAAUUGAGUUGCCAGAUCAGAAUGGAAGUUAUGAAUCCAAACAAGGACAUGGUUCAGAAUCUGAAUCUGUGAAGACACAUAAAAUUCAACUUUCAAAGUUAAUGUCAUGUGAGAAUAACAGUAUAAGUUACCCUAAUGUUACAGAUACCUAUAACAACAGUUUGCCUGAGAGAGCACAAAAGACUGGUAGAUUUGAUGACGCAUUUAAGGAUGGUACUGUAAGUAUAACGAAUGAAGACUUACAUCUGUCACAAAAUUCGAAUAAAAUACUGUCAGAUUUAAGUAGUGUCACUGAUAUUAAGGGAAGGUUAUUGCUUUCUUCCCCAAAUACAAAAGACAUGAAAAGGGCACGUAAGCAACGAAAUCUAUUACACGUUUCAUGGUCAGGGCAAAUAGAUCCAAAUAAUUCUAAUGUGCAAAAUAGAAGAAACAUUACAUCGCUUUUGGAUAUGACAAAUCCAAGUAUAAGAAAUGAGUUUGAGUCGAAAGAACCACCUAAGAAUGGAUUGAAGUAUUUACAAGGUUUUUUAGAUGUUUCCAAUGAGGAUAAAUUAUCAGAAGUGAAUUACAAGCAAACUGGCAAGAAGGAUGAGUGUACAUUUUUGUCAAAAAUGAAUUUUAAACCUAAACGUACACAAGAACAAUUUUUGAAUAUUGAAGACCUAAAUGAAAUUCCUUCUGAGAAACUACUAACCCAACUGUCACAUUCAGAACAUAAAGUUUUAACAAAAAUGUCUUCAUUGUCAGAUGGAUCGGAUUCAGAGCUUCCACUCCCUCGUUCCACUUCAUUCCGCUUCAGUUCAUCACCCCAGUCCACCAGAGACACCUCUGUUGGGAAUGUUCCUACCGUUUCAAAGGUGAAGUCCAAGUUUUUGCAGAAUCUACUUCACGAUACUUCUAUUUGUGAUAGUUUAUCUGCUGAGAGUACUACCGGUACUGGGAAAAAGCUUAUUCUGUCAAGAGCAUCUCGAAAUGCUAAACGUGGAUUAAUCUCUGACAAAUUGCUUGCCUUGAGUGAUGUGAAUCAUUCUAAGUCAGUUCCAGCGUCAUCAAUUACACAGCCUGGGAUGAAGCUUGUACCAUCUGAGAAGCAUGAUUCAAAAGGGAACAGCCAUUUGACCAUUAAUACAUCUCAUUCUUCAAGGGAUGUUGUGAAGUCUCCUGAGAAUAUAUCUAAUAAUAAAUCUCAGCCACAGAGGUUGCGUAGCAACAUGGAGUCUGUUUUUAGGACGCACACAAGUACCUCAAAUAAGGAUAAAUAUCAGAGAGAGACUAAUAAUGAAAGUGUGAAAGACACCAAAUCUCCCAGUGCUAGGAUAAGAACGAAAUCUUCAACUUCACAGUGUAGUUUUCCACAAAGUAAGGUAAUAGCACUUGAUAGCAAGAGUGAAUCUAUGAAGAAUAAUAGUAACGCAAUUGGUACAGUCAUUUCAAAGAGUAAAUUUAUGAGCAAUAAAUUUAACACCUUGUUUUUGGAAGAAUCAAGACCAAAGGAAGAUGAACGUGAUAUUUUGUCAACAACAAUAGUUGAAAAUAAUUUGGGUAUCAUGUCACAAAAACUUUCUGCUGUUAGGUCUCAUCUUAAAAGACAGCAUGAGAAGUUGACAUUAUUACAGUAUCGGAAGGCCUGUAAGCAAAUACAAACGCAUUCAGCAAAUUAUGCAAAAUUCAAGAAACUCCUAGCACACAGGGAAAAAAUGGAAGAUAUUUUUAACGUUAAUGAUCGACAUUCUAGUAAAAAUAAUCAUGUUUUAAACAUUAGGUCUCAGAAAAAGGACAUUGCAGAGAAGAGAUCUAAUAAAGAAACUGAAAGAGGAGCUUCAAUAUUGCAAUAUGUAAAAUCUACUAAGUUUCCUUUGAGAAUCUCAUGGGGAAAUGCUGUUGGUCAUCCCAAACUGACUGCAGCAGUGAGCAAGAACAAAACUAGUGUUAAUAGAAAACUCAAGACCUCGGAUCGUGAUGUUAUAAUUAUUAGAGAUGUGAACAAAGCCCCUCGUAUCAAACGUCCAACUUGGCUACAUACAAGAUUAUAUAAAAGUCUUAGUAAAACUGUUGUCAUGAAGAUAAAAGACAAAAAUGUGAUUAACCCUCAAAAGAAAUCUCAAGAAAUAAUUUCAAAAUUAGGUUCCUUGAUUGACAAAGCAUUGCGUUACCGACGCAAAGGCUGUAAUCCAUUUGUGGAUGAAGUUAUAAAACAUUUAUACCAUUCUGCUAUUAUUAAAACACCUAUGAAUUUUAUUUGUUUUUGUAUGCGAUACCUGCCUGAAACAUUCAUUGACAUUGCUCUGCGUGUCAAAGAAAAUGACUCUGGCAUCUUGGGAAAUGUCAUUGAUAGGGAUCUCAAUCUGUAA